UGUGGAUAUUUUGUCCACCCGCACUUACAAAAUUCGAAACCCGAUCCGAUCAUUUUGGUUCUAAUCGACACACUCCCAACCCAAAAACUAAACCAAAAGAUGCCGAAGAAGAAUCUUUCCGGCGAUGGCACCGCCGCUCCCAUCGACGCCUGGUGGUGGCUAUCACACAAAGGAACGACCACCUCUUUCCUCUGCAUCUCCCUCUUCGCAUUACUGAUCCGAUCCGCCGUCUCGAUGUUCCCCUACUCCGGCGCCGGAACUCCACCCAAGUUCGGAGACUUCGAAGCUCAGAGGCACUGGAUGGAGAUAACCACAAACCUCCCAGCCACCGAUUGGUACAGAAACGGCACUCAGAACGAUCUCACUUACUGGGGACUCGAUUACCCUCCUUUAACUGCUUACCAGAGUUACAUCCACGGCAUCCUCCUCCGAUUCUUCAAUCCCGAGUCCGUUUCUCUUUUCAGCUCCCGUGGCCACGAAUCUUACAUUGGAAAGUUAUUGAUGAGGUGGACGGUUUUGUCGUCUGAUGCUCUCAUAUUCUUCCCAUCUGCUCUCUUUUUCGUGUUGGUGUACCAUAGGAACCGUGCCAAGAGCCAAGUGGCUUGGCAUAUUGCGAUGAUUCUGUUGAACCCUUGUUUAAUUCUCAUUGAUCAUGGUCAUUUUCAGUACAAUUGUAUCAGUUUGGGACUUACAGUGGGUGCUAUUGCUGCCGUACUCUGUGGGAGCGAGGUUCUUACUUGUGUUUUGUUCACUCUUGCUCUUAGCCAUAAACAGAUGAGUGCAUACUUUGCUCCUGCCUUUUUCAGCCAUCUACUUGGUAAAUGCCUAAGACGGAAAAAUCCUAUACUUUCUUUGCUGAAGCUUGGAAUUGCAGUCAUUGUGACAUUCGUUAUUGUUUGGUGGCCGUAUUUGCAUUCUGUAGACGACUUUUUAAUGGUUCUCUCCCGUCUUGCUCCAUUUGAGAGGGGAAUAUACGAGGAUUACGUUGCAAAUUUCUGGUGCACCACUUCCAUUCUCAUAAAAUGGAAAAAACUAUUCACAACACCUUCUCUCAAGUCUAUAAGCUUAGCCGCAACUGUAUUAGCGUCUCUCCCUUCAAUGGUUCAUCAAAUCUUUUCACCAAGCAACGAAGGUUUCCUCUAUGGCUUGCUCAAUAGUUCAAUGGCUUUCUACUUGUUUUCUUUCCAAGUGCAUGAGAAAUCAAUCCUGAUGCCUUUUCUAGCCGCAACACUGCUAGCUCUCAAAAUCCCUGACCAUUUCAAUCAUUUAACCUAUUACGCUCUCUUCUCGAUGUUCCCUCUUCUCUGCCGUGACAAUCUCUUGCUUCCUUACUUAACCUUACAUUUGCUCUUUACCCUCAUCUAUCAUUCCCAGUUACCGAAAACUAAAGCUUCAUCGUUCUCCUUUACAAGCUUCCCUGGUUAUGUUUUCUUACUUAGAACCCACUUCUUCAUCUCCCUAGUUCUCCAUGUCGUUUACCUGACCAUUCAACCUCCUCAAAAGUACCCUUUCCUAUUCGAAGCACUGAUCAUGAUUCUAUGCUUCUCAUUUUUUGUUAUGUUUGCCUUUUACAUAAACUAUACGCAGUGGAAUUUCUCGAGUCGUUUCAGGUCUGCGGAUAAAGAAAAGAAACAAAUCUGAAGAUUAGAAGACAAAACUCUUCGAGUCAGGUUGUCUAACAAAUCGGUGGUUUAGUCAUCAGACUUUUGUAAUGCGCAUAAUCUGUAGCAUACGGUAGAUUAUAUAUAUUGAGGUAAAGAUUGAGUCUUUUAUGAAAAGAAA